AUGUCGAACAGAGUUUUCGAGGCCGAAGAAGUCGUGGAACACAACUCUCCAAAGGACUUGUAUAUGGUCUUUGAAGGAAAAGUAUACGAUGUAACUUCAUUUGCAGAGGACCAUCCUGGUGGUUUAGACAUCUUGCUAGAUUACGGUGGCCAAGACUGUACCAAGUCAUACCGCGAUGUAGGUCAUUCGGCUGCUGCUGAUGAGUUAUUGCAAGAAAUGUAUAUUGGUGACUUGAAACCUGGAGCAGAAGAAAGGCUUCUGGAAUUGAGACAACCUCGUACUGAGGAAAGUGACGCUCCUUCUAUAUUAUUGAUCCUUGCUUUGAUUAUCGUUCCUGCAGUAGCCGUAAUUGGCUAUAUGAAAUUCAAGGGUUAA